AUGAAUCUUCAUCCAUCUCAGUCACGGCGGCGUCCACCCAAUGCCUCUCCAUCGCCGAUAGCUUUCCCCAACGAUCUCAUCAUCGAAGUACUCUCCUUACUUGCUGUCAAAUCUAUAAUGCGAAUGAGAUGCGUCAGUAAGUUCUGUAACUCCCUCUAUACUGAUCCUUUCUUUGUGAAAUUGCACUUUCACCGAUCUCCACAAGAGCCUCACCUCGCACUUGUCACUGCCGAUCCAAACACUUUCAGACUCGUACCUUUCCCGGUAAGAAAUUUACUUGAGAACACACCGGUCACCCUUGCCGAUGACCCUUGCUACGUUGUCAACAACUAUUUCUCCCAAUUGGAUCUUGUCCACCAUGUGAUUGGAUCAUGCAAUGGAUUGAUCUCUAUCCUCAGUUAUGCAGAUAUAGAGUCAUUCUUUUGGUUGAGUUUUUGGAACCCAUCCACAAGAGCAAUGUCUAAACAACUAGGGUUUAAUUUUGAUCUUUUUAGUGGUAAGAUUAAAGACCCUACAUCUUUCAAGUUCUCAUUCGGUUAUGAUAAUUCAACCAACAAUUAUAAGGUAGUGAUGUUAAAAUUUCACAGUGACAAAUUAAUGGUAGUUGAAGCAAAAAUUUUCAGUCUGCGUGAUAAUGUUUGGAGAGACAUUCAAAAUUUUCCUGUAGUUCCUUUUCAAAUGAUCAGAUUUCGCCAUCAAGUGAACGAAAGUGUGUACUUGAAUGGCACUCUUAAUUGGUUGGCUAUUUAUGAUUUUAAUGUUACUUAUGUCGAAGUAAUUAUUUCUCUUGAUCUCGGAACAGAGAAAUACAGGCAGAUACAUCUACCUCCUAGUUUUGAUGAGAAGCCUUAUGUUGACCCAAUUAUCGGUGUAUUGAUGAAUGUCCUUUGCUUUUCUUAUCAUUUCAAACAUACUCAUUUUAUAAUAUGGAAAAUGAUGGAAUUCGGAGUUGAAGAAUCUUGGACUCAAUUCCUUAAAAUUAGCUAUGAAAGUCUUGAUAUCGAUCCUUACUAUAUGGGUCGCAGAUUUUAUUUGAUUCCAUUGGUGCCAUUGUAUCUUUCGGAAAAUGGUGAAACACUGAUAUUGGCAACCAGCUUAGAAGACCAAGCAAUUCUCUAUAAUAUAAGAGAUAACAAUUCCGUGAAAACUAGAAUUACCAAUAAUAUAUCUUGGUUCUCGGUUAAGAAUUAUGUUAAAAGCUUGGCUUCAAUUCGUUAA